GCAGGCGUAGGAGGCCUCUAGGGCCCCGGGAAGGGUUCGCUUUGGGCCGGGGCCCUCUGGCGCGACCAUGGACCGGAGGAAGAAGCCCUUGGACGUCACGGCCUCCUCGUUGGUAGACCUUAAGGCUGAACUCUUCCGAAAACAAGAAGAAUUCAAACAAGAAAAACUUCUAAAAGAUUCUGGAGUUUUGGGAAAACCAAAAGCAACUAAUAAGAAACCAAGUAUCUGGAGCAAGCAGAAUGCAGGAGUUUCAAAUCGAGCUGAGAAGGAUGCUGAGCAGAAGAUUGAGGAACAGAAGACUUUAGAGAAAGCAAGGGAAAAAUUGGAAGAAAAAGCCAAAUUAUAUGAAAAAAUGACUAAAGGAGACUUUAUUGAUGAAGAAGUGGAGGAUAUGUACCUUGUGGAUUUCACGCAGAAGAUCAUAGACAGACACAAAGAAGUGGAGGCGUUUGGUGCCAACAGAGAUUCUAGAAAGGCGGGAGAAAGAGACGAUGAUGAAGAAAAUCUUUCUGAAAAAGAUAUACCUCCUCCCCAGGAUCCCAGCGAAGAAUGGGUGGAUUAUGUGGACUCUUUAGGGCGAUCCCGUCGCUGUAUGAGGAAGGAUUUGCCAGAUCUGCUGGAGAUGGAUAAAAGUCUUCAGGGGAGGCUUUUUGUUAGUCCUGCUAAUGAAAAAACCUUGCUGUCUGAAGAUAUGAGGAAAGAGCUUCAGCGCCAGCAAUGGGAAGAAGAAGAGAGGGAGGCUCUCAAAAGGCCCAUGGGGCCCAUCCAUUACGAAGACAUUCGUGAAAAUGAGGCCCGGCAACUUGGUGUUGGAUAUUUCGCCUUUGCCCGAGAUAAAGAGUUGAGAAACAAGCAAAUGAAAACGUUAGAGAUGCUACGCGAACAGACAACAGAUCAGAGAACAAAACGAGAAAACAUAAAGGAAAAGCGAAAGGCUAUGUUAGAAGCAAGACUUGCGAAACUUCGACAGAAAAAGAUGAAAAAGUCAAAAGAAGAUGGAGCAGAGGAAGAAAGUGGAGGUGGAGGUGUGAUUGGGCCUUUGCCACCGGAACCAGAGGCCGUGCCGACUCCGCGUGCUGCUGCCCAGAGUAGCAAAGUAGAAGUGAUCGUUGAGGAGAGGAAGGACACCAGGCCUGGAGUGCCACACGUCCGGGAGUGGGACAGAGGAAAAGAAUUUUCCUUUGGGUACUGGUCGAAGAGGCAGUCAGAUCUCCGGGCUGAGAGAGAUCCCGAGUUUGCCCCACCAUCCGAUUACUUUGUGGGUCAAAAGAGAACUGCUUCUUUCAGUAGCCAGACGUGGAGCAGACCUGCACCUGCACAGACUGACCUGGGCCAGCACUCGGGCCCCGGCCACGACCCUGGCUGUUCGCACACAUCAUCCUCUCCUGCCCCCAGCAGCCCACCACGAGCCCCCACGGUCACUUUCGAAACUCUUGAUGAUAUGAUAUCAUAUUAUAAACAAGUGACAUGAACUUAACAAACAUUCGGACUUGGUUCCUACUGUUGACGGUGCCUUCCUCUCUCUCAGCGGGGAAAGUAACAUUAGGGACUGAAUUGUACCUUUCUCCUCCUGUCCUUUCCCUGGAAAACAGAAACUUCAGGCUGGAUUAGUCAGCAAGGGAGAAAGUGAAUGUUACUGUGGGAACUCUGUGGCCGCUUGGCUGUUCAUUUCUUUUAAUUGGUCUGGAGACAUGUUCAUCUGGAUGUGUGUGUAAGCUGUGAUAAAGUAGAAAUAUUCUGUAUUUUUUGGCACCGA